AUGACCAUGAAUGGUAGCAAGUUGAGUGAGGCAAGAGAGGUUACCCAUGAGUUAGGUGACGGGGGAUCGCUGUCGGAUGAAAGAGGGGAGAUGCAAGAAGCCAUUGACAUUGGAGAAGAGAUAGGCAACGAUGAAGCAAUCAGCGUCAAAGCAGGCAUCACCGAAGCGCCAUUUGGGGAAGAGCAGGUGUUGGGCGCGGAUGGACGAUUGUGCUAG